AUGGAUCCUCAUACAAAAUUAUCUAAAGAUGCUGGUGAACUAGUAGAUGAUGUUUCAGCUUACAGAAGACUUAUUGGAAGAUUAUUGUAUUUGACUCAUACCAGACCUGACAUUACAUUUGUUGUACAUCAUCUUAGUCAAUUUUUAGAUAUUCCUAGAAUGCCUCAUUUACAAGCUGCUAUGAGAAUUUUACGAUAUCUCAAAUCUGCUCCUGGACAAGGCUUAUUUUUUCCAUCUUCAUCUAAAGUUCAUCUCAAAGCUUUUUCAGAUUUAGAUUGGGUCAGCUGUCUUGAUACUUGUAGAUCCAUAAGUGGUUUUUGCAUUUUCAUUGGGGAUUCUCUUGUAUCAUGGAAAUCAAAGAAGCAACACACCAUAUCACGAUCCUCAGCAGAAGCUGAAUAUAGAUCCAUGGCUGUCACUUGGAUACUUCACAGUUGGGACGACCACCACUGCUUGAAGUUACUAAAAAAUUGCUGUGAAGCAUUGCCAAACUUGUGGAUGCUUGUUCAUGAUGAACAUGAACUCUGGAAGAAAGGAGAGGACACGGAGAGAAUUUGA